UUGUGCAGGAGCCCCGACGUGCCCCCCAACGCGUCCCUCACGCUGGAGGUGGAGCUGCUGGCGGCUCGGGACACCCCAGACCUGGAGCUGCUCACUGGCAGGGAGAAGAUCCAGCUGGCCAACCGCAAGCGGGAGCGCGGCAACUUCUUCUACCAGCAGGCAGACUACGUGCUGGCCGUCAACUCGUACGACAUCGCCCUCAGGAUCCUGGGCUCCAGCUCCAAAGUGGAUUUCAGCCCGGACGAGGAGGCCGAGCUGCUGGACGUGAAGGUGAAGUGUCUCAACAACCUGGCGGCCUCGCAGCUCAAGCUGGACCACUUCAAGGCAGCUCUCAAGUCCUGUAACCUGGUGCUGGAGCACCAGCCGGGGAACAUCAAGGCUCUCUUCAGGAAGGGGAAGGUGCUGGCUCAGCAGGGAGAGUACAGAGAGGCCAUUCCCAUCCUGAAGGCAGCCCUGAAGCUGGAGCCUUCCAACAAGACCAUCCACGCCGAGCUCUCCAAGCUGGUGAAGAAGCACGCGGACCAGAGGAACGUGGAGACCGAGAUGUACAGGAAGAUGCUGGGGAACCCCAGCGCCGCCAGCACCCCCAGAAAGUGCAAAGACAAACUGCCCUGGGUAAGGAAGUUGUGA